UUUCUUUACAGGCAUUGUAGCAAUAAUGGUAACUUUAAACGGAACAGUUCGGUGCUAUGGACUAUUCUUUGUGGAGAUUAUGAGAUUUUUUCGUGCUUCUUCAUCGAUUGGAUCAAUGGUUCUAAGUCUACCAUCUGCUACUUAUACUGUAUCAUCAUUCUUCGUCCUGAACUGUCUCACGCAAUUCACCACCCAUCGAGUACUGAUAUUAAUUGGUACUGUUUUUACCGUGGCUGCUUUCAUCCUAGAAUCGGUGAGCCCAACGAUCAUUCUUCUCGGUGCUAGCCACAGCCUUCUAGGUAUUGGUCUGGGUUUUAUGUAUGGUCCAAGUGUUGUAAUAGUUGGACAUUAUUUCAAGAAAUACAGAGGCUCUGCAAACGCUUUUGCCUCAUGCGGUUCGACUGUUGGGCAGUUUUCUUUGGCACCCCUCAUAAGUUACUGUAUAUCGGAGUACGGGUUACGAGGUGCACUGCUGUUACACGCGAGCAUUCUUUCACAUUGCUUCUUUUUCGGCUCCCUUUUGAGGCCAACUGAUUUUUACCGAAGACGCUUGUCUCAAUGUGAAUUUCCUUCGACUUAUGACAACGCGAACGCAUUCUCUUUGAAACGAAAUGGUGAACUUCCUGAUUGUGAUUCUGCAACAAAUAAUCUGAUUUCAAGUCACUCAAAAGAUGAAGGAGCCAAAGAUAUAAACGGAAAGCCAUCCAUCGGUAACCAUACUAACCACCCGAAGAUGAUUUCGGUAGCCAGAAAAAUUGGGGAUCGAAGGAACACGGACGUUUGCAUCAAAUUCAUUCCAGUGAAUACUGAUGAUAAAUCACCAGACAUAUCUCUGUGUGGCAGUUCCCGUUGUAUCACCGAAACAGAAAUGCCUUCUACUCGCCGAAAAUCAAGAGCUUUCACCGAAUAUUUCCGAAAAGCAUCAACUGGUGCCGAUAUAGGAUCUUUAAGUUUACACAUCCAACACAGAAUCAAACCGAGUUAUUUCGGGGAUUCUAUGAUGGGAUUCGGCUCUGCUGUUAGUCUUCAAGACGAAUCUAUAUCUAGUACUCAUGCAAGAGCCCGGAUGAACAUCCGUAAGAGCUCAAUUUUAUCAGAUGAUGUUGGUCACACCGGUUUUAUCAAAGAGCCAUCCAAAUUUGAAACAAUGUCAAAAUCUUUCAAAAUGAUUUAUAAGAGCGUUGAUGUGUCUCUAUUGAAGCAAAAAAUAUAUGUCCUUUUCCUCUUUGGCUACACUUUUGGUUGUUGUGGUAGCGGCAUCAUGCAUAAUUAUUUUCCAGCUCGUGCCGAGGAGCUAGGACUGUCUCGCGAUCAGGGGACAAUGAUUCUGUCGUAUUCGGGAUGUGCUGAUAUUUUUGCCCGAAUAGCCACAAGCGUCACAGCCGAUCAUCCCAAAAUGCACCGGACCCGAUUUAUAACUUGUGUUUUAUUUAUCAAUGCGAUUUCUUGCUUUAGUAUUAUGCUGUUUACAACCUAUUUGUCUUUUGCUCUGUUCACCGUGGUUUAUGGUUUGUGCUGUGGCGUCUUCUUUGCUCUUAAUACAACUAUACUCACAGACUUCAUCGGUGUUACGAAACUGCCUCAGGGGCUCAGUAUGAGCUAUUUAGUAUUCGGAUUGUGUGCUACUGGUGUAUAUCCUCUAAUAGGGCGCUUACGAGAUGCAAUGGGAACAUACGAAUACGCUUUCAUUGUGAAUGGCGUUUUAUUAUUUAUCAGCGCGACAUUAUUUUCUGUUGAAAGUUGCGUCAAGAAAAGGGAUAAAAUAUCGCAGAAAAACGAUACUAGCAAUACGUGAGAAAGAACAUACCAAGAGAAAUCAUAAAAAUAGAAAAA